AUGGCAGCACUAUCUAAACCUCCCACAAUUCUCUCCAUGCCGGAAGAAGUUUUCGAUUUGAUUUUCAAGUUUUUGAAUCCAAUUGAGAUAUUCCAAUUCUCCCGAGUCUCCCUCAAAACAAAGGAAAUCUCCAUGAAGUCGGCCGCGAAAAAGGGGCGGAGCCUAAUGAAUAUUACCGUGAUGGAUCAUUAUAAACUUGAGUUGAAAUUUCUCGAAGAAUCUUGGCAUUUUCUUGUUUUCCCGAACUCAUUGGAUUAUGAAGAAGGUGCAAACAGUUUAAGUGUCAGGUCUGAAAAUCCUGGGAGGGAAUUCUCAAGGCUGGUAGAUCAAAUCCGGGAGGUCUUCAAGGCUGAAAUUGGAUCCAUGUAUAUUAAUAUUGGAUCAGAGAUGACUACCGAUGACUUGAACGGCUUCAUGAAAUGUCUGGAUACCGUAAUCAAGAUUCCAGAAAUGACAGUGAACAGUAGCCAAUACGAUAAUGGUCAUAUGAACUGGUUCAUGGAGAAUCUCAAAAAAGAUAUCGGAAAAUUAUACAUCAAUGAACGCUACCAAUCAACUCGUCAUGCAAACUUUAAAUUUCAAGGAAAAAUCGAUGAUUUAAACGCUGGAACCGUCUCCGAAUGGCUGGAUUUUGACCAGUUGAAAUCUUUGAGCUGCCGGAAUAUCUAUGGAGGUCUUACCACGCUAUCCAAUCAAGAUUUGAACCUGUUUUUGAAGAAUUGGAGUCUGGAAAACCAUGGGAACGAACGAAUUGGGUUCUAUAUGUUCCAAGCGAAGGAGAAAUUGGAAUGGAGUAUUAUUCUGGAGGGGUUGGAGGGAGAAGUGAGAGAUGUUAAGACAGUGAAAAGAGAUUAUAAAUCCCCGUGGCACCCGACUCAAAUGUUCCAUAUAAAUGGAGGAGUGGACAUUAAACGAGCUGACGGGAAGACUGCGACAGUUGGAAUGCGAUUUCAUGUCGGUUUUGACGAGGAGCCAUUGACACAAAAAGCAAUCGAUCAAUACGAAAAAAUAAUUAAAAAUCGGGAUUCAGAAGAAGAAGAAGAAGAAGAAGAAGACGUUGUUACAGAGGAUGAGGAUGAAGACAGUGGAGGAGAAGGAUCGAGAGAAUUCAAAUUGACUACUAAUGCUCGCCAAUAUUUUUUCAUGGUUGUCUGGUGA